ACGAUCGCGUCGGAGCGCGUCCUCCCGGUCGUGUGUGGCAGUGCGGAUCGUUGCGUCAGAAGGCGCAAUGUUCAUCUAUUUUUGGGCGUUUCGCGUUCCCGACGAAUGUGUUCUCCGUGGCAUGGUGUGAGCUAGCGCCGGAAAAUGGCCGAAUCCGAGCAGAGAAGCAAGGACGGUUGCAACGCGGCGCCGAAGGAGACGACGAUGGUCAAGCAGGAGAAGCGCGAAAACACGUUGACGAAUGGCGGGAAGGGCUCGGGCGAUGACGCGGACAGCCUCGAGGAAAUGCCGCUCGACAUAGGCGAGCAUUACCUCGUGCGCAGAUCCGAUGACUGGCAUCCUGCUGAAGUUAUUCAGACACGUUACAAUGAGAGUGAGAGCCAUUAUGAAUACUAUGUUCACUAUGAGGGGCACAACAGAAGAUUGGACGAAUGGGUACCUCGUGAUAGGAUUAUGUCAAGCAGAUUUGACAUGAGUGAGAUUGAGCGGCAUGACAGGAAUUCAGGAUCUGAUUUAUUGGCUGAUUCUUCUGACCGCAAAAUUACUAGGAAUCAAAAGAGACGUCAUGAUGAGAUUAAUCACGUACAAAAGACUUAUGCGGAAAUGGAUCCUACCACAGCUGCCUUGGAGAAGGAACACGAGGCUAUAACAAAAGUCAAAUACAUAGAUAGAAUACAAAUUGGCAAGUACGAGAUUGAUACUUGGUAUUUCAGCCCCUAUCCAGAAGAAUAUGGUAAACAACCCAAACUCUGGAUAUGCGAGUAUUGUUUAAAAUAUAUGCGUCUCGAGAAAACUUACAGGUAUCACAUGAGUGAGUGCACUCAUAGACAGCCAGUUGGGAAGGAAAUUUACCGAAAGGGAACACUCAGCAUCUGGGAAGUGGACGGCAGGGAGCACAAAAUAUAUUGUCAAAACCUGUGCUUACUGGCGAAACUGUUUCUCGACCAUAAGACGCUUUACUUCGACGUGGAACCGUUUCUUUUUUAUAUCUUGUGCGAGGUGGACAAACACGGGGCGCACUUAGUCGGUUAUUUUUCAAAGGAGAAAGAAUCGCCGGACGGUAAUAACGUCGCGUGCAUCUUGACUCUGCCACCCUUCCAAAGACAAGGCUACGGCAAAUUGCUGAUAGCCUUUAGCUAUGAACUAAGCAGAAUUGAACAAACUGUCGGUAGUCCGGAGAAACCUUUGAGUGACUUGGGGAAGCUCUCAUACCGCAGCUACUGGAGCUGGAUUUUACUGGAAAUUCUUCGAGAUUUCAGGGGAACUCUUAGUAUUAAGGAUCUCAGCCAAAUGACCAGCAUCUCCCAAACCGACAUCAUAUCGACGUUACAGAGCAUGAACAUGGUGAAGUACUGGAAAGGACAGCACGUCAUCUGCGUCACGCCUAAGCUUGUAGAGGAGCAUAUAAAGAGUAGCCAAUACAAGAGGCCGCGUCUCACAGUCGACAGCACCGCGUUGAGGUGGGGCGCACCGCCUCGGAAAAACGUGAAACCUGGCAAAAAGUAGCAGCAGCGAGUUGACGCGUUGGUCAUUCUCUACAUUCGGUGAUAUGAAUCACUUUGGCGAUAUUGUUGACGCUCACGACUGAUCGAACACGAUGAUUCACGUGGGUGACGUUUUACGAGUUUAUUAGCCACUUGGUAAUGGAUUCACGAACACGAUCAAUAUCAGACUUAUCAUCCCGCGUGCAUCUCGCGAGGUAACCAGCCGGAUAGGCAGCACGCGGUGCGCUUAACACGACAAUGUUUACUUUAACGAAAUAACGAGGAAGUGUAACUCUCGUAAAGUCUGAUGAACUAUUAGAAUUAUUUCGUCUCGAAAGGAACAUACAUAGUUUGCGAUGGCGGAGAGAAUUGUAUACCUCUCUCUUUCUCUCUCUAUCUCUCUUCGCUAAUAAACAGCGACCUUUAUUUAUCGGUAAAGAAGUGUAUCUUACUCGUGACAAUGGGCCUGUGCAAGUCCUGAAUUGUAAGUGCAUUUCGACAAGCAGACGGAAACCGCCGCAGUAUUAGAUCGUUCUCUGACAACUCUUUCGUAAUGUAAAUUCGGUUAAUAAAAGAUGAAUUUGCAGAAA